AAAACCUCUCUCUUCGACCGUCUCUUUGAGGCCCACCGUUUUGGAGAGAGCCCUGCCCUAGUCCAGAGGUUUAUUGCUCUGGUUUUUCCCACGAAAACCCCUAAAUUUCUAGGGCAUCUUGUGCUCGAGCCCUAAUUUUCGAGGGUUUUUUUUGCUUGGAUCAGCGUGGGCUUUUGGAAAGAACAAUGCAGCAGAGAAUGAAGCAGCAAGCUCUUUUGCAACAAACCUUCCUUCAACAACAGCAGCAGUCUAUGUAUCACCCAAACCUCCUCGCCCAAAUGUCACAGAUUGAGCCGAUCCCAAGCGGAAAUCUGCCUCCUGGGUUCGAUUCGAGUUCAUGCCGCAGUGUAUAUGUGGGAAACAUUCAUGUCAAUGUCACAGAAGCCAUGCUUCAAGAGGUUUUCCAGAGUGCUGGCCCAUUGGAAGGAUGUAAACUCAUCAGAAAGGAAAAGUCAUCCUACGGUUUUGUGGAUUACUAUGACCGCAGAUCUGCUGCUCUGGCGAUGUUGACUUUAAAUGGAAGGCUUCUGUUUGGUCAGCCAAUUAAAGUUAACUGGGCAUUUACAAGUGCUCAUAGGGAGGAUACAUCAGGGCACUACAACAUUUUUGUUGGUGAUCUUAGUUCUGAUGUUACUGAUGCCACACUUUUUGCGUGUUUCUCAACUUACAGCAGCUGUUCAGAUGCACGAGUUAUGUGGGAUCAGAAAACUGGACGUUCUAGAGGCUUUGGAUUUGUUUCUUUCCGUAAUCAGCAGGAUGCGCAGAAUGCUAUAAAUGAGCAGAAUGGAAAGUGGCUUGGCAGUAGACAGAUCCGUUGCAACUGGGCAGCAAAGGGUGCGGGUAUUAAUGAUGACAAGCAAAACUCUGAUGCCAAAAGCGUGGUGGAGCUCACUAAUGGGACAUCAGCAGAAGGCAGCCAAGAGGCGCCAAAUGAAGAUGCUCCAGAGAAUAAUCCUGCAUAUACUACUGUAUAUGUUGGCAAUCUAGCCCCUGAGGUUUCUCAGCUUGAGCUCCAUCGUCAAUUCCAUGCGCUUGGUGCUGGGGUGAUUGAGGAAGUGCGAGUCCAGAGAGACAAAGGGUUUGGAUUUGUGAGGUACAGUAACCAUUCGGAAGCGGCAUUAGCAAUUCAGAUUGGCAAUGGAAGGAUCCUUUGUGGAAAGCCUAUCAAGUGUUCAUGGGGUAACAAGCCGACGCCUCCUGGUGCAAGCUCGACACCUCUCCCGCCCCCCGCAGCUCCACUCCCGAUGCUGUCGCCAUCUGAUCUGUUGGCAUAUGAGCGUCACUUGGCCCUGAACAAGAUGGGUAUGAAUAUGAUACCCCCCCAACACCCCUUGAAGCCUACUAGUGCCCCCAUGACUGCCGGGGCCAGCCAGGCCAUCUACGAUGGUGGCUUCCAAAACGUCGCUGCUGCUCAGCAGCUCAUGUACUAUCAGUAGUCCCCCCGCCCCCCACCCCCUCUGAGUAGUUUUUUUCUUUCUUUUCUACAUGUGAGGUAUGUUUUGAUAUAGCUUAUUUUGAUUGGAGUUUGGGAGUUUGGAGUGGUGUGUGUGUUUUAAGGAUUGGUUUCUUUCUAUUUUUAAGCUUUUUAAGCAGGAUCUUUAGUAUUCUACAUUAUAUGGUCCAACGUUGUCUCCAAUUUUAGUUUUUCAAUCGUGUAUGGAAGAUAUGGAGUGUGAUUUGAUUGUCCAUUCGGAUGAAUAUUUUCUCUUGUGCA